AAACAUAACCACAUUUACCCGCGAAUUGCUGACAAAUUCGUUUUCGUUCAUUUUCAAAGCAAGCUUAGAAAUGGGGAAUUUUUAGCUGAAAUGUGUUCAGACAGACUUUUAGAAGAAUUUUAAAUUGUUUAUUUUUAUAUAUUGUUGUUAAAAGGUGAGAAUUUAUUGUUAAAUGGAACUGUAUGCGAAAAUAAAAGCAUGUUCUUGCCGAGAUUGUUGCCUCAUUAGUGGUGAAAUAAUGACGUCACUUUUAGUUCAAUAUCUAUAUUUUAUUUGUAACAAAUUUAAAUUAAAACAAUAAUUUAUACAUUUAUAAAUUUUAAUUAUUUAUUUUAAUGAAAGAAUUCAUUGAAGAUUAACCCAUUGAGUAGCAGCAUUCCUCCGUUGAUGAGUAAAAUCGUCUGGCAUAAAUUAGACAGAGUAAAUUAAUACUAAUUGGAGAGCGCAUCAGGGCACGUUGCCACUUAAAGGGUUAAUCACAAAUAUAUUAAAGUUAAUUAUUAACUUGUUAAACUGCAGUGCACCGUUGUUGUUAAUAUUUUACUCUGUAUAAUGUUAGACAAUCGUAGGCCCGUUUUAUACGUUCAAUUUUGGUCGCGUCGAAUGCAAUUAAGACAAUAGAUAUUAAUGAGAUGAUAAACCUCAUUAUUAAGCUUCAUUAUCUAUUGCUUGAAUUGCAUUCGACGCAACCAAAAGUCGACGUAUAAAACAGGCCUUAGUCAUGAAGGAUGGUACGUGUUUGGCAUUAGUAGGUUAGCCACAUACUACCUGUCUAUGUCUCUGUGGCAUUAAGCUGUGAUGUACCCUAAUGUACCCUCCUUUUCAGUUUCUGCUGGCAAAACAAAACUGAAAGAAACCCAGUUUAACUGAUGAUCGGGAGGCCGGGACUAAUUUGCAACCAGUCUGAAUUUUGAACAACCCCGAUGAUACACAUGUGAGGAUAAAAGGUUGCAGGUUCAAUUCCCACCAUGGCCAAGCUAACUUUUCAGCUUGCCCGGUGUGAAUGCACACUCAGAGUAACAUCACAAACAUCAUAUUCACCUGAGUAAAUAGUAACACCAACACACACAAAAUAAAAUUAACAAUAUUGAUUUGAAAUGUAUGAUCAAAGGAACUAAAGUCUGUAAUUUUCAACCUGGCUUCAUUACGAAAUGUACUGUAAAAUUUUGAUUUUUGCCAUGCUAUUAAUUCAUCCCAGUUUUUUGUAAAGGCCUACACAAUAUGACUAGUUGUACACGAUUCUUAUCCUUGCGUAUGUACUUGAACAAAUGUGUGUAGAAAUGUCGCAUUUCAAAUUUCACCAUAAAGUGAUAGAUAGUGGCGUCAGCAGUCGUUUUCAUACACCAGAGUGACAAUCGCAUACGACUAGUUGUAUCAUGUAAAUGGACCUUUGAUAAAAAACAAUCAUAUAGUCCGUUCGAACAUUUGUUUAGAUGAAAUAAUUAAUCUUUAACAAUGGCUAAUAAAGCUGGUUCGUCGGAGCAAAGUAACUUGGAAGGAAAUCCUUUUGCAGCGCUUUUUCCUUCCAUGACGCAAGCUGCGCAGUAUGUGUCACAAGUUAAGACGUCAAACAUGGUACAGGAAACAUUGAAGAGCAGCCAGAGUGGACAUGAAGACAUCAGUUUAUCAACAACACGGGAACAGGGUGAAAGUGAUAAAGCAUUGGAUGUAAAACGAAUUGUUAAUAAUUUGUUACAGAGAAUCUUCUUAAUAACUCUUCAAGAAUGUAAGUCCUUGGUCCUUGUUAGUGUAAGUCGUUGGUAGUAUAAGCUCAAGAGCUUAAGCGACGUUUUUGAUUCACAAAUGCUGACUGGAAGUAAAUCAAGCCAUAUUAGCCAUUCUUGUUUGAAAUCUUGAAUGUGAAACUGCAUUGAUUUCAAGUGCUGAUGUCAUAAUUAUGUUAUGCAUGAUGUCCGUAUUGUCAAAAACGUCACUCAAUCCAUUGACAAGAAGUGCACACCUUAUAAUGGUUUUAUAAUAUUUAUAGGUCAAGAAGAAGAUGCAGUUGAUCGAGAAUAUGGUGGUAUUCCUAAGUCAUUUGUUUAUCUUCCUGAUACAGCCUCCGACUCAGAAAGAGUGUUACAACUUCUUGACUGGGCUAGUAUAGAUCAGGUAAAUGUAACCCAUUAAGUUACAUUGCUCCCUAUAUUGCAACUUAUUGGGUGCAGUCUAUCAGAUCUCGUAACUAUCGAACAUCUUUCAAAAACGCGAGGAAAUAAACCUCCCAAAUCAUGAAAACAAAAUCCUCGGGUGACAGAUGAGGGUAAAACGGUUACAAAUUUUAAAGAAUUUAUAAAAUGUUUAAGGCUCUCCUAGAAAGGUUGAUGAUGGAGACACCAGCAAAUAAUGUUCUGACAGCAGUCGACUGCAAAGACACUCCAAAAUAUCUGUUAACAGCAAACCCAGCCGAAAAAAGUAUUGUUCAUUAUUUACGAGGAUGUUUUCACAGGAAAUUACAAGAAGAUAAAAGAUGGAAGGUUCGAUUUUGUGUUUUCUCUUUAAUUUUUCUGCACAUAUCAGUAUGUCUGAGCUGCAUGUAUUGAGCUGCUUGAGAGCCAAAACUGAUUUUGUAUUCCAGGUGAUUUUUUACUAAUCAUAUAUAUAUUUUUUUCAGGAUAAAUAUGAUUUACUGGUUCAUUAUUUGAAACAAUGUGAGGAAAUAAUUAUCUCUUAUAUACGGUGAGCAAAAUCACUUCUACAAGAAGUAUAGUGGAAACCAUAAAUGAACUUUGUUAAAAAAGGAAAAAAUUCUAGACUCUGAUUUGCUAAAACUUUAAUUACUAUGUUACUGUAUUUCUUCUAGAACAUGUCUGUCCCAGCCAGAACUUUUUCCACACCAAAAACCCCACCUGGAGUUCUCUAACCUAGUUCUAACGAUGUCACAAGGUACAGUACUGUAUGCUGAUUGCUCCCAUAAAAGCCGUUUUCAAUCAAAUGUGCACUGAGCCAGUGAGAGGGAGCAGAAGUCAAACUUUGAUAUUUGUAAUGAUUGUGUUUUCUUGAACAAAACAGAUGAAGAAUUCACACAGUUGUAUCAUCUCGUUUUAAAAGAUCCUGCUUCAAGUGAAGAAAUGGUAUGAAAUUCAAUGAAAAUACCUCAGGAUUUUUUAAUCAUCUUUCACAAAUGACGAUACCACAAUAUUUUGGUCGUUAAUUUAUUUGUAUUGUUUAUUUAGGUGGACAUGUUCUCGCCUGUUGUCAAUCACGUUGUGGAGAAGAUCAAAUCAACUGAAAUGGUUUUAAUGCAACCUGAAGUUGGUCCAUUUCUGAACGUACUGUGUGUGUUUUCCCAGAAUAAAGAUAUAGGACAGGUAGCACUGGCAUUUACAUGAGACUGGGAUGGUUUAGUUUUGGUCAUUACUGUUGUUUGUAAUAGUUGCUAACACAUGGGAGGGACCACAAUCAUUUUACCACCAUCAUCUGUUAUCAUAUUACUACCAUAGUUACCACCAUGAUCACCAUAUUAUCACCAUAUUAUCACCAUGAUCACCAUUUUACCACCAUGAUCACCAUAUUACCACCAUGAUCACCAUAUUGUUACCAUGAUCACCAUAUUACCAUGAUCACUAUUUUACCACCAUGAUCACCACAUUACCACCAUGACCACCAUGAUCAUCUUUGUCAUCACCAACAGCAGCUUCACCAUCAUUUCAUGUGACACCAUCACUAUCACCAUAUUCAUGAUGUAUGAUAUUAUGUCUCCCAGCUUCUUGUCAAAUCUCCGUCCUGGCUUCCGUCCAGCCCAAUCAUAAUGGGAGCUUUUGGUGGAUUGUCUGGUUUCCCAGCCAUGGGAGCAAGUUUUGAACGUGGCAGUAUCUUAGGCCUAUUCCUUGGCCUUUCCACUAUUCCGAGAGACCCACGGAAUACAGAGGUAGGCGAUUACAGACUGUCUACAGUGCGUAGUUUAGAUGGACAGGUUCGCCAAUUUUAUUAAGUUAAACUUUAUUUAUGUAUUUAAAUACUAUUUAUACUAGAUAGCUCUAUCAGUUUGAAACUGUUUUCCCUAGAAGUCCAGCGAGCGCUAUCCUUUUUUUGUCCAGUGUUACUACAGGAGGAAACCUAAGUGUACACUGCAUGCAAAUAGAGUUUAGUUUACUAGAUUCGGAAGACGUUCUUCGCGCAAGAGAUUGAGGCAAAAUUACAACCACCUCUCUUGUUUACAUGCAGAAAUUCUUCGUUAACCCUUCAAGGCAAAGUGCUAGCGAAAUGGAGGCAGUUACUGCUCGAUUGAGAGAUUAUAUUAAUUUUAACUGCGACCAAAUGACUCAGGUACCGUGUUUUAAAUAAUGAUAUUGUAGUGUUGAUGGUUGUUACUGCAUGUGCUGGAUGAUGAUGAUAAGAUGGUUAUGAUGAAGAGAUGGUGAUGAUGAUGAUGCUAGUGAUGGUUAUGGCAGUCAUAUGGUAGUCGUAAGGUGAUGAUGGUAUGUUGGUGAUGGUAUGUUGGUGAUGGUAUGUUGAUGAUGGUAUGUUGGUGAUGGUAUGUUGGUGAUGGUAUGUUGAUGAUGUCAUGAUGGUAUGUUGGUGAUGGUAUGUUGGUGGUGGUAUGUUGGUGAUGGUAUGUUGGUGAUGGUAUGUUGGUGAUGAUGGUGAUAAUGAAGUUGGGUUGUUAUGAUAGUGAUGAUGAUGAUGGUGGUGAAUACCAGAUGUGGUGUGUUUGCUGGUGGUGAUGCUGAUGGUAGUGAUGAUGAUGGUUGUGGUGUAUAUUUGUAUGAUAAUAUUUCUGUAUAGAUUUGCAAAAAUUUACUCAAGUCUUCACCGGCGACAAAACAUGGUCUCCUCCACUGGAUCGGUUCUUGUUUGCAUUCAAAUGAAAGUAGAAAGAAAGUAAGUUUCCACAUUUUUUUCCUGGAUCUCCCAGAAACUCGGGGCAACUAUCACUCUGUGAUGUAAUCUCGAACGAUCUGUGCCAGUGUUGGUAGAGACGAUAAUAAGAUCACUUGAAAAAUCAAGCUUGCAGUUGUCACGCUGUAUAUUUAUGAACAAUAAUUGAUUACCAUAUAUUCAUGAUAAGACGCCCUGACUCUCUUCCAAUUGAGCUAUACAGUCAGCUAGGAAGCAGAGAAGUUCAAAUCUAUACUUUUCCCCCCACAGAUGACGAGUAAUCGAGCAGGCUUGGCCGGUGACGGAUUCUUCCUGAACUUGGGAAACGUACUGCUCUCAUUGUGUCAACCUUUCCUGGAUCCGCAAUCUUCAAAACUGACAAGAAUAGACCCGCGUUACUGUAUCACACCCGCAACAGUUGAUACGAUAUCUCAAGAGGGCACAACUGUCCAUUUAUGUGGCUUGCAAGCCGAGACGAAACUCUGUCCACCUGAAUCUGAAGGUAAAGUCAUAUUUCAGUGAAUAAGGAGAGUGUCACAGUGGUUGGUGUCACCUUCAGCCCAUUUACACUAUGCUCAAUUUUGCUCGAACUAACUACAGUAUUACGUACAAAGGCCGGGCACGGAUAAGGUUGGUACGGGUAUACCUGUCCGAGUAAAUUUUCAAAGCGAAUUCCCAGACAGCUUGUUUAUAAGCAGAAGUUUUAUUUUCUAAAGUUUUAAACAGACAUGCAGAAAUACAAACAGCGGGCUAAAUUUUAACCUAAUUUAAGGUUGGUGGCGUUUACCAGCUUUGAACAAAUUUUUUAUUGUUGUAUAGAAGAGGUCAAUCCACGGAUAAGUCCAGUUUUUGGCUUCACAACAGAAUUAUUUUUCCUCACACACCGAUGUCUUCAGCUGGGUAUGUAUAUUUAGUUUACGUCCACCUUCUCAAUUCAAAUUGAAAUAAGUCAUUCGCUUCAACUGACCCCAUUAAAAGUAUCAUUUACAAUAUUUUUGUUUUAUUUAUAAUAAAUUGUAGGUUUGCAAGUUACGUGCGAUACGUAUCAGAAACUAAUGCAAGAUUUAGCUAAGGUAAGUCGUAAAAAGAAAUCUUAACUAAAUAGGUUAAAGACAAUUAAUACAUCUCUAAAAAUUUGAAUGAUGCAAUAAUCAUUAAAAACUUGCACAGCAUGAACAGGACAGGAAAAAAGAAUUUUCUUUCUGGGAGCACAACCUGGAGACAAAAAUUUCCUGCAGACCACCAACGGAGUAUUUUUGUGCUAAAUCUGCAUGUGCAUAAACGUAUAGUGUUCUAGCUGAUCAUGGUUUUAAAUUCAAGGAAUAAUGUCUGUCAACCAUAUGUUGUUGCGCCCAUAGUAGGACAUGGGUGUUAAGGUUUCCUUCAAAUUUUCAGUAACAAAUCUGCAUUCAAACGAAUUUCCUGCAGCUGUUUAACAUUUCCUGCGAGCAGUGCUCGCGUGCUCGCCUAUUUUUUCCACUCCUGCCUGUUUCCAUGGCUAGCUUCGCUACUGAUUAACUACUGCACAAAGUUGUGUGAAAAAUCAAAGAACAGCAUCAUAUUUAGCCUGCGUAGCAGGCGGUAUUAGCGGGCACGUGAAGGGAGGGGGCCGGGCUUGAAAUACCCCCCUUUUCAGCCCGCAAAUACUAUGCGCAGGCUACAACAUAGUUGUUUGGUAUUAUUUCUAAUCAGGUUCAAGAGGUUUACAACGAAACACGUCAUCAGGUAACCAGCCCUGAAAUUACAGACAGAAUUCGGGAACAAUUUGAAAAAGGAAUCGCAGAACAACUUUCUAUAAAGGUAAGUUGGGCACGGGUAUUGCACGUGGUAUUUAGCAGUUAGCACGUGUUUAAUCCUCAGUUAACUAUUUAUGUUUUUACCAUAUUCCUUCAACUUUUUCCUUCACAGUGUCAAUUGCUGAAUCCCUCUUUCGCAGAAACUGCUUUGAGAUUUUAUAUUGCUACAGCUUCUUGGUUGGUCCAGGUUGUUAUAGCUCAGGAGGAUCUUGAUGAUAUGUCGUAUAAUGAACCAAUUUUGGCCACACAAUUUGAGGUUAACUCACUAUACACGUAAAAACGUACAAGUUGUAACAAAUCUGCAGCAGACUUGUAGCAAUGCUGUUCCAACAACUUGUCAACAGGAUGUAUUCGCACAGCUUGUUGACAAGUUGUCAAUGGUUUGUUGACAACUUGCUACAAGGUUGUUGAGCUCAACAGACUUGUUACAAAUUAUUCCAACAACUUGUUAUCGUCCUGCAAUUCAACGAUUUGUCAACAAGUUGUGAGUGACAACCUUGUAGCAACUUGAUAAAAUAACAGCAUUGUUACAACUUGUUGACAAGCUUGCUACAAGCCUGUUGCGAACACAUCUUACUGACAAGUUGUGAGAUUCUAAACAUUGAUUUCUUUUCAAUUUUCUUCAUGUAUUGUAGACUGGAAGAGGUCUUCGCUACAUCCCAGAAUUUGUUGUUGAAAAUAUGGUUGAUUUUAUUAUGUUUUUACGGUAAGUAAGCGUUGACAAAACCAGCUGCUACACUGUAAUUAAGAUUUAAGUUUAUUUACUUUAAAAUAAUUUAAAAAUCCAGACUGCGAGGAUUACUGUAUUAUUUCACUGACUGGGUGUUUCUCGUCAUUUUGCAGUCUUUUUAAAGAAGAAAUUCUAGAAACGGCUGGUGAAAACUUGAAGUACUUGUUAAAUUUCUGCGCCAUUUUCAUCAGGUAAAGUCAGAAUGAAUAAGUUAUGUAUGCAAUACAGUAGACUUUUACUAUACAGGGUGUAUUAAAAAAAAGGUAAUCGAACUUCAGCGCGCUAUUGUACGUGAAUUACUCGGUGUACUGUAUGAACAAAAUUGUUUCAUAUUCGGAAAGAUCGGGCUUUUAGCUGUUGAAUGAUAUGUUUUUCAUGGCAAGUGGAGAAAAAAUAAGCAAGUACGAGUCCGAUAAAAAAUGUUAGUCAGAAUAUGAAUAUGUAUGUAGUUUAAUGAAGUGAAAUUCGUCAACUUAUGUCCUAAAGGGGGUUAAUUUUCAAUGGUUUUAGAUUUUCAACAGUGAAAAUAUGCGAUUCUGAAUAACAUUUUUUAUCGAUAUCGGAUUCGUAUUUGCUCAUUUGUCAUCCAUUUCACACGAAGAACAUAUCAUUCAACAGCUAAAAGACUGAUCUUUUCGAAUAUGAAAAAAUCUCGCUCGUACGCAGAGUAAUUGAGAUGCAAUAGCGAGCUGAAUUUCGAUUACCUUUUUUUAUACACUCUGUAUAGCGACAGAUGGCCCUUGCAUGCAUGCGGCGUAAUAUCCAGUUAACUAUCAUGACAUCAACUCUCAUACAACUCUUGUUCUCGUUUGACGGGGGCAUGAGAGUUGAGAAAACUCUGAUGCAAACUCUCGCUUCUCAUCUCUCAUUAACUCUCGUUUUACCAAGGCUUUAGACAAAUGAAGCACCUUGACGUACAUUAUAUGGUGUUGGCUAUCUAUGAAUGGCAGGACUCCAUUCAAUGUUGGACAAUUUCUCUUGUCUGUUUGAGCUAUAUGCAUGAACGAAGCUUCACUAAAUGUGCAAGUAUUUUCCUCUUCACUUUCAGCAAGCCACACGCUAUCAAGAACCCGCAUCUGCGAGCAAAGAUCACGGACGCCCUGGAAGCUUUGUUACCUGUUAAGAAACGAGAAGAGCUCUCAGUUAGCAAAAAUUUCGUAGCUACGGUAAAUUAUAUAUGUUUAUGUUUUUACGUACACCUUCGAAGACUACUUUACACUAUUAAAGUUUCUGUGAUCACAGUCGGAAUUUUGCACAUAGACGGAUUUUGUGGGGGGUGCAGGGGGGUGCUACCCCCCAAUAUUAGCUAUAACCCCCUCAAACAAAAUGCCCACCCCUCCAAAAAAAGUUUCAACCCCCUCCCCCCCCCCCCAAUAUUCGGCAUAAUAAAAAAUAAUUAAAUAGUCCACUCCAACGUGCAGAGUGUUGAUGGUACAAAAUAAAUGUAGGAGUACACUCAAAUAGAAAAAGAGCAAUACUCUGAAACUAAUUGCUCCUCGCUUGCAUUCACUGGUUUAUUGGACCAAUUGUAAAGUUUUGAAACUCUAUUAUCUCCCCUGAAUAGAGUUUGCAGUGCCUUGUCAUGCAAAUAGCUUGCUUGCAAGGAACGUUUGGAAUUUUUACGAACAUUAUUUUUAGUUUUUAAUUCUUUUAGGAAAUAGACUUGCCUAGAUUUAAUCUUUACGCCCCAAAUAUUAUUUACAUCAGAGUUGCAUCAUAAAUUGUACUCGGAUUCAAACGACAUGUACAAUGUUAAUGACUUUAUAAAAGUAAAAGCAUAUUGUGUAUUGGCCUAUUGGGUUUACACUUUUACAGGUUCAUUUAACUUUAACUCUCUCAAGUCUCAACAGACAAUCGGACAUGCCAAAUCCAUUGAUAUGACAACUUCAAAAAACGUUUUUUCGAAGCUAGAAAUCAUGACUUUUUUCAAAUUUUUCCAGGGAUACUUUGUUUUCUGCUCUCUAGACUCCCCCUCGCGGCUCUAGUGCUCCACCCCUAGAAUAUAGACCUUACUGGGGUUUGGUGACACUUUGUGUUGCUUCAGUCACCUGCUCACGGCUCACCCCCCUAAAAUUUCUGGCACCACCCCAGUAAAAAAUAUGAAAAUCCGUCUAUGAUUUUGCAUUGGUAAAUUCUAACUUUUGAAGGAUUUGUAAGAAAUGUUUGAAGGAACUGGCUUGAUGUUUAACACUGAAUCAGUUCCCUCAAAUAUUUCUUACAAAUCCUUCAAAAUGUUAAAUUUACCCAUGCAAAAUAUUUCCUACUGUGAUCACAGAAACUUUGAUAGUGUAAAUAUAUCUGCCACAACCAAUCUCACCAGCUGCCAUGAAAUUAGUAUUUUGUGUGUUUUGUUUGUAGAAGCUUAAUGUCCAGACUCCUGGCAGUUUGGCGCAGUUACGGGUUCAAAUCUUGUUUUGGACUGACUAGAGACAGCUUGUUCAAGGAAUAUUUCUAUUGUAUUUUUGUAGCAUUACAGACACCAAGCAUUUGAGAAAUGUGAACUGUCUGCAAACCACCUUGGUCCUGCUUUACUCUCCAUAUUUUGCGACAUUGAAAAAGGGGAUUAUUUUGAACAGAAAUUCGGUUAGUAUAAUUUACGUUUUCGUAGAUUGAAAAUUAAUUUUCUCGUUUUUCCCAUGCACUAAUCAUACCUACCACGUCUAGGUUAUCGCCACCACAUGUACUCUGUAUUGGAGUAUAUCUGGUCUCUUCCUCAGUAUAAAACCAGCAUUGUGGAAUUUAGUAAGGAGGUAAGCAUCAACUAGUUUAUGUGAUGAUCCUUACUGGACCUCUGGGAAGAACAGUUUAGAACUGAUAGAGCCAUCCAGUAUAAAUAAAGUUAGUUUAGUUUACGUUUCCUCCUGUAGUAACACUGGAUCAAUAAGAGAUGAUUCUUACUGGACCUCAAGGAGGAACAGUUUAGAACUGAUAAAGCUAUCCAGUAUAAAUAAAGUUAGUUUAGUUUACGUUUCCUCCUGUAGUAACACUGGAUCAAUAAGAGAUGAUUCUUACUGGAUCUCAAGGAGGAACAGUUUAGAACUGAUACUCAUGAUAGUGCCAUCCAAUCUAAAUAAAGUUGGUUCAGUUCUACGAAUUUUGUUGUUUUAGGCGGAUGACGUGGAUAAUUCAAGUGAUCCACCAGUAUUUCUUCGUUUCAUUAACUUGCUUGUAAAUGAUGCAACAUUUUUGCUUGACGAAGCUUUGUCAGUGAGUGUCAUGCAUUUUACCAUUUGUUACGCUGCCUUGUGGCAUUAGAUCGUGGAAAAUGACAAAAUAGAAGGCGCAGCACAAUCUGUUAGGUGUAGCGCUCUAACCAACUCCGCUACUGAGUCUAGUUGUUGAGCGCUGACCACAAGUUCUAACUGCCAGAGGGCUCAUAGUUGCAUCUGACGCAGCUCCUCCUCGUCACAGAAUAGGAAGUUAUACCAGAAGCGUAACUCGAGCAAAUAUUUGUCCGCGUUUUUACAAGCGAUUCGUCAUCAAUCACGCCAUCUGGCUAGUACAACCGGCACUUUGUACCUACCAAAUCCUGAUAAAAACUUCCGGCUGUACUAGCCAGGAUGGCGUGGCCUGACGUGAGCGAGUUAAAAUUUUCGUGGACGUCAAACAAUAAGGGAAACGACUAGAGUUACGCUUCUGGCAUAACUUCCUAUUCUGUGUCCUCGUCAAGUCUAUAAAUGAAUAUCUAAUAACGAAGUUGUGUUAUUGUUGUAGUAUCUUAGUACUGUGAAGAAUCUACAAAUCGAACGUGAUCAGGGGGAUUGGGAACGACUUGAAACACCGAAUGCUAAAGUGGAAGUAAGUUCAUUUCACAAAAUGGCCUAUUUUGGUGCUGCUUCCAAAUUGCACACGUAAAAAUCUCGUAACUUGUCAACUUGUAACAGUUUUGUAGCAAGCUUUUCAACAAGUUGUAACAAUGCUGUUAUUUUAUCAAGUUGCUACAAGGUUGUCACUCACAACUUGUUGACAAAUUGUUGAAUUGUAGGAAGAUAACAAGUUGUUGGAACAACUCGUAAAACAACUCUGUUGAGUUCAACAACCUUGUAGCAAGUUGUCAACAAGCUGGGAACAAGCAGUGCGAACACAUCCUGCUGACAAGUUGUUUUGAACAGCAUUGCUACAAGUCUCCUGUAGGUUUGUUACAAGCCCAAAGUAACCCGCGAGAUAGUCUCAAAUUUUUCGUGAUUUCUCACUUUUCUUCAGAAACAACGUGAACUGGAAGGCUCUAUAAGGAUGGCACGCACUCACAAUAUUCUGGCGAAUGAAACAGUGAAAACACUCGCUUAUCUUACUGUUGAAAUUAAAGGGUAUGGUUUAUGUUGCACUGUGAGACUUUAAUAGUCUAAAGGAUAAAUUCUUAUUGAAGAGCCAUGAUACCAUAUAUUUAUGGUAAAAUCCUGACAAUGAAUGUUCGUAAUGUUUCGUUUAAAAACUUCACAUAGUCAAUCUACCGUGUGGUGUUCUGGAGCAUGCGCAAAACAGCACGUUGGCGGCUUGCACCCACAAGCGCAUAUAAAGUGUGCCUAACUUCGUUUAGGGCACGCAAUUAAGAUUGAAAAUUCCUUUAGUAUAUAUAUGUAUCAAUUGACCACAGAAUACUCUAUUCUGUGACCACAGAAUACUCAAUUCUGUGACAGCAAAUGCUUAGACCUGAAUAAAUUUUACAAUUCAUUGGUUUCCUAAUUUAUGCACAUGUAUUUAAUAACUACAUCAGCUCUUCAUCGAAGCGUCCCACAUGCCAAACGCAGCACUUUGUAGUACAAAUAGUGACAGAUGGCCUGUCAACAGUAACUAACUCUGGUUUUCCUUCAAACCACGAAUAAAUCUUUCGCCUUUUACUAAAGAUUUCCGUGGAGGAGAACAACAGAAUGAGUCUAUAGACUAAUUUUUCGUCACCCUGCCUAAUGGCGGGGGUUUUUACAAACAAAAUUAAAAUCAUAAUCACUAGAUUAUAUAGAUAUGGUUUCGAAUUACAUGAGACACAUAGUUGUAUCUUUAUAAUUCGCAAUUACCUUAUUGAAAGGGGUAUAUUUUUAUAAAAUCUUGAACCGUGUGUGCCAGUGUAUAGAUAGUGCCAUUAUAAGAAAGCUUUGAAUUGUAUUUGCAUCGCUAGCAAUCCAAAGCUUUCCUAUAUAUCUCUUAGCCGUAUUUUAUACUAUAUUUUUAGACCAUUUCGAAGUUCUGCCAUGGUUGCAAGAAUUGCUGGCAUGUUGAAUUACUUUCUUGUUCGUCUUGUUGAUAGAAAAAAAAUGGGAGCUCUAAAGGUAAUCUUACUUUUGGUCGAAAUACUGCGAAAAUGUUCGUCGCUUGCCACGCUGAAACCACACAGUAGGAAAAGGCUAAUUCAUAUUCACGCAAAUCAUUUUUAGGUCAAAAAUUUUGGAGAAAUGCAUUUCAAACCUCAACAGCUGGUAUUUGAUAUCGUGACUAUUUACACGAACCUUGCUCAGGAUGACGAGAACGAUAUAUUUUGUAAAGCAGUCGGAGAAGAUGACAGAUCUUAUUCCAUCUCUUUGUUUCAUGAAGCCGAACGAGUUUUGGGGUCAGUAUUUUAGCAUGUGUAAUAACUCAUGAGAGUUGGGAAGUGAGAGUUUACAUCAGAGUUUUCUCAACUCUCUUGCCUCGGUCAAACGAGAACAAGAGUUACAUGAGAGUUGGUGAGAGUUGAGAAGCGAGAGUUUGCGUGAGAGUUUUCUCAACUCUGAUGCCUCGGUCAAACGAGAACAAGAGUUGCUUGAGAGUUGAGAAGCAGAGUUUACAUCAGAGUUUUCUCAACUCUUAUGCCCUGGUCAAAUGAGAACAGGAGUUGCAUGAGAGUUGAGAAGCGACAGUUUGCAUCAGAGUUUUUUCGACUCUUAUGCCUUGGUCAAACGAGAACAAAAGUUGCAUGAGAGUUAAUGAGAGUUGACUGGAUAUUACCACGCGCGUUCAAACUCUCGUUCGACCGAAGCUUUGCCUUUCAAAUAGGUUCAUGGGUUAAAGCUGAUCACUUGGAAACUUGUGAAUUUUUAGUUCUAAGAACGACACCGAUCUUUCGUUGUUGUUUAGACAAAUCAGAACAGAUGUAGAAAAGAUUGACAACUGGCGUGCUCUCGGUGAAAAAAUACAAGGACUGGUAGAACAACAAAAAGAUAUCGAUGAAGCGCUUCCCGAGGUUUGUUUCUUCGCUACGAGAAACUGUUCUUUUCAGUAAAGUGUAAAUUGUGCUCUUUGUAUUCUUUAGGCACCAGACGAGUUCCUGGAUGCAAUCAUGUGCUCGUUAAUGUCAGAUCCUGUGAAGUUACCUUCUGGUCAUAUCGUCGAUAAACCUGUGAUUAUGAGACAUUUACUCAGGUAACCGCUGCACCGAAAUCGCAGGACCGCCGGUUUGAUUCCUGCCAGAGGACCUAUAUACCGUAUUUACUCGUUUAAGCGCCGCGGCGCUCUUUAAAUUUUCAGAGCUUCAGGUGCGGCGCUCAUUCGGGGUGCGGCGCUCAUUCGGGGGCGGCGCUCUUUAAAAAAAUUUGAUCUCAUAUUUGUGAAUUAUGACAAGAACUUUUAACUAUAAAAUAGACAAGUUUUAAAAGGUUUUUGUUACUAAAAGUCCCAAUUUGACGGCUGAAAAUUUUUACACUGUUUAGUGCGGCGCUCAUUCGGGGGCGGCGCUCUUUAAAAAAAUUUGAUCUCAAAUGCGGCGCUCAUUCGGGGGCGGCGCUCAAUCGGGGGCGGCGCUCAAUGGAGUAAAUACGGUAGUUGCAUUUUUCACAACCGCUCCUGGUUAGGUUUAAUAAAUGUAUAUGAACCAGUGGAUGAGUUAUGAAACUUCAGAUGACAAAUAUUUAGGGAAAAAGGCUGUCUAGAUUCAUUUUGACUAGCGUUUUAAUAUAACUCUUUUUGGUAUAUCAGUAAACACUUUCAUAUACUCAUUCACUCAUUAUAUUAUUCGUUUAUUGAUCUCAAACUCAUUAAUAAUUCAUGAGUAAAUUAGCCAAUCAAAUUGCUUUAUUUUGCUUAUAUGAUACUGGAUACCUGAUGAAGUGUAUUGAUCCUGGAUCAAAAUUAAUAGACCUUUCCCCUUUUGAGUGAAAUUUUGAUCUAGACAAGUCUGGACAAAAAUUUCAUCACAGCUUGAAAGAGCAUCACAAAAUUAGUAAUAUUCCGAUGUUUCGUUGCGAAAUGUUGUAAAAUGCGGAUAAUAUAGCCUUGCGAAGUUUACCGUUUUUCAGUUAUUUUGUAUUACAAACGGGAAAUUGAUAAUCAGUUUGAUCAUCUGAUUAUCAAUUUCAAGGUCUAUUCACCUUACUUUAACUAUUGAUUUAUUGCGACAUGAGAUGUCAUUUCAAAUCCUCCAAUUCGGACUGGAUUAGAUUGCGCGGUCUGGACAUCUAGUCCAGUCCUCUUAGUCGGAUUUGAAAUAUUACUCAGUACAUCCAGGUGAUCUCGUGUUCGUAUUUUAGCCAAUCAGCGUUCAGAAAGGGUUGUCCGAAUAGAAAUCCAUUUUGAUGCACUCAGUCAAUUAUAUCUUUCGUUAUUCUUUAUGAAACUAGUUGAAAUUUUGUAAUUAUGUUUGGUUAUGAGAACUAUAGCUCUGACAAAAAUAUGGAAUCGAAAUAAAGUAUAUUACAGGAGAUAUUCAGUUGUUUUAAUCAUAAAAUGGAUUUCUAUUUGACAACUAGUGCCAGUACUUUUCCGCGUAUCAAGAUCAUCUGGAUCACAUACUCGUACAUUCUCAUUGUAGUGACCCAACAGAUCCAUUCAGUCGAGCUCCUCUCACUGUGGACAUGCUGGAACCAGUUCCCGAACUCAAGGAAAGAAUUCAGCAGUGGUUAGCCGAAAAGAUGAAAGAGAAAAGGCAAGCACGAUAAUGACGCAAUUCGAUUAUACAGCACGUUCCGAUAAUGGAACAGCACGCAGAACACCACGUUUUCUAAAAGGAACACGUACGCGAUAAUGAUGAACGUAAUUGAAUUGCACGAUAUAUACAGCACGUUCCGAUAACGGAACAGAACGCUGAAAAACACGUUCCCUGCAAGGAACACGUUUUCAGUCGAUAUGAGACUGACACUGGCAUCGACUCCGUUGUCAAAGACAAAUGCUCUGGAAGCCGAAAAGCAGUUAAUGCAUGCCUUUAACUAACUAUUAUAAACGAAGUUACUUCUCGAGAUCCGAAAUGUACUAGUCGAAAUGUACUAGUCUUCAAUAGGGGGCCGGUUGUAUGAAGGCUACCGGCCGUUCCUUGAGGGGAGCUUCCCAGCCGGUAAUCAAGCCUACAUAGAUAGUGCUAUCCACAGGAGUUACAGGACAGUGCCAGUGGCCUUUUCAACCGCAAGAAAUUGCUUGAGUCUAUAAAACUACGAGCAUAUAGACCUCACAAAUAAUAAAAAUAGACAUUAAUUGAUAGAAAUACUAAAGUUUAUAAUAACUUGAGUAAAAAAAGGCAUAAACUGAGAAACUACAAUCAUGUCUCGUCAGUAUUUACAAUCCCGAAUUUUUGUUUAACAAAUUUCACGGCCACCACUGAGUUGUAAUGAGUUAGGCAGUCCGUGUGUCAAAACCGCUUCAUGUGUCAAAAGUUAUAUUUACUUUGUUUUAUACGAACAGCAAACAAUGGCUGUGUGUAGGUAUCUCCAGUGUAGCUGGUGUCCUACAAUACAAAGUUGCCAUGGUUUGAGUUGGAGUGACACUUCAAAGUAAU